AUGUCUCGUAUAUGCACUUUGACAGCGCUUGGUCGGUGCAUAUAUGCGUCAAAGGCAGCCGCGGAAAGUAAACGCGGAGCUCAGUAUGGAUCGCGACGGGCGUUCGCCUCUGCGUCUGGGGAACCCGCACCUGAGCUGAAGGCGGUCAACGACGUUCGCGUCACCGAGAACCUGCCGCAGCCGGCUGACUUUCUGGAUCGGUAUCAAGCCCUCGUCACGCUGGGUAAGAUCCGACGUGAUGAAGACCAGCUGAGGGUUGUGAUGGAGCUUCGGAAACUCUCCAACAAAUUACAAGACUAUAGCCCACCCGCAUUCGUUUCACACUACUAUCAACGUCCUACCCCUUCCACACUUCUGCAAGGUCAGGAUGAAGGCACUACUCCCUGGUGGUUUGCUGGUCAUCCCGGUCAAGACGCGAACGAUCCUUCCACCGAUAUCCGAGCAGUUGUAACUGUUAAGACACAUGCCGAAGAACUCGCGACCCUCACGACGCCCAAGGGCCUCCUAUUGACAGGUCCACCCGGCAGCGGCAAAUCCUUCCUCGUUUCCGAGUGGUUCAGCGCGGUACCGACGCGUCAUAAGAUCAGGCGACACUACAGCGAGUUCGUCCUCGAGGUGUACAGGGCGGUGUGGGAAGAGACGCAGCUGCGCAUGGCCGCGCUCCACGCCUCGCCAUCUCGAGAUAUUGAAGAGGACAGACCCCAGUGGACGCGCGCUAUCAGAGACCGAUGGCGAUCCCUCGUACAGAGCGGCAACCUCACAACGAUGUGGAGCAAAGGGCUGAGCCUGCAACUGAUGAACGGCAGCAAUGCGAUGGAGCCGAGCAUCGCGUACGCGAUCGCGCGCAGGCUGGUGCUGAAGCACUGGUUGCUUGUCUUCGACGAGGUGCAACUGCUGGAUGUUUCCAGCGCGGGACUGCUCGCGGACGUGCUCUCGUGGUAUUGGCGAAUGGGUGGUGUUGUAGUAGGGACGUCUAACAAGGUCCCUGACGAUCUCUACAAGAACGGGGUGCAGCGCGAAAGGCUCGAGCCGUUCGUCGAGGCGCUCAAAGCGCGCUGCCCGGUGCUCGAAAUGCGGUCGACGUACGAUUGGCGAAGGGUGAGAGCUGAGGUGAAGGAAGAAGGAGGGUACGGGACGUGGUUUACAACCGGAGAUGCGGGGAAAGCAGAGUUCGAAAGGACUGUAAAACAAUGGACGAGAUCUCCUGGUCAACCUCGCGAGCUCCAGUCACUAGGCCCCGCAGACUAUCUCACUCUCGCCUCUACAUUCGAUACGCACAUCAUCAUUGCCAUUCCCGCACUCAAGCUGUCGCAGAAGAACCAAGCAAGGCGAUUCAUCUCGCUCAUCGACGCGUUGUACGAGGCCAGGUGCAAGCUCAUCUGUCAGGCCGAGACGGAUCUUGAAAACCUCUUCUUCGCGGAUGCUGUCGUAAGUCAAGACAGACAGUCCGACGAAAGUGAAGACGUGCAUAUGGAUCCAUUGAUGGCGGAGUCGGUGUCGGAGACACGUGAGGCCUAUCGGCCGAACGUGCUCUCGUACGAAGAACACCCAAGUCAGACUAAGGGUGAGGAAGAGAGCGCGCGGUCAGCACCUGCGCUCGAGACGCUGUCCAUCUUCUCCGGUCACGACGAACAAUUCGCGUUCAAGCGCGCUCUCUCACGCAUAUAUGAGAUGACAAGUGCGGCCUACGCACGCGAAGACCGUUGGACGCCCCUCCCUGCCCCGGAACGCAAAUGGGAGAUCAGGACCCCGACUCGAACGAACAACGCCGGUAGCCUUGCCACAGCCCCUGGCGAACCGACGUCCCCGGGAACUGGUACUCCGAGCACGCACGGAAACGGAGGUAGGCUGGAUAUGCCUCAGGGGGCGAAGGAGAUCUAUGAACUUGUGAUGCCGUCGAAUCGGAGGCCAGCUGCACCAAAGCUGAAGGACGAGCAUGUAUGGGGCGUGAGGGAGGAUUGGAACGAGCCAAGGCCGCUGUUCAGUCCGAAUCGUGGGCAGCGUAAUACGGGAAAGAACGAAGAUGGGCAGUAA